UGAAGAAGAAGCCGCCUCCGCCAGCUCGGUCGCCCCAGGCGGGGGAUGCAGGCCUUCACUGCUACUGCCUACUCUGCCGCGGCCCGCUCCCCAUGAUUUCCCCCGGCCGGCCGUUGCCCUGGUGCAGAUAAAGCGGAGGCAGGAGCGGUUCCCGUCCCUUCUCCCUCGCUCCCGAGCUGUCGCCAAGCCCCUCUCCCUGCGGUGGGCUUUUUGCCCUCCCAAAGCCUCCAGCCAUGACUUCCCUGACCCAGCGUAGCUCUGGCCUGGUGCAGCGCCGGACUGAGGCCUCCCGCAGCGCUGCCGCCGACAAGGAGCGAGGGGGGGUGGAGGGCAGCCCGGAGGAUGAAGGCCGCCGGGACGAGCCCGGCGACGACGAGAAGGGCGACUCGAAGGAAACGCGGCUCACCCUCAUGGAAGAGGUGCUGCUCCUGGGCCUCAAGGACCGUGAGGGCUACACAUCAUUCUGGAAUGAUUGCAUCUCCUCAGGAUUGCGUGGCUGUAUGUUAAUCGAAUUGGCAUUGCGAGGGCGUCUUCAGUUAGAGGCUUGUGGAAUGAGGCGCAAAAGUCUGUUAACAAGAAAGGUGAUUUGCAAGUCAGAUGCUCCUACAGGGGAUGUUCUGCUUGAUGAAGCUCUGAAACACAUAAAAGAGACCCAACCUCCUGAAACAGUACAAAAUUGGAUUGAACUGCUUAGCGGUGAAACAUGGAACCCGUUGAAGUUGCACUAUCAAUUGCGAAAUGUCCGUGAACGGUUAGCUAAAAAUCUAGUGGAAAAAGGUGUACUGACAACAGAGAAACAGAACUUCCUUCUUUUUGACAUGACCACACACCCUCUCACCAACAACAAUAUCAAACAGCGCCUCAUCAAGAAGGUUCAAGAAGCAGUUAUUGACAAAUGGAUUAAUGACCCUCACCGCAUGGACAAGCGCUUGCUGGCACUUGUUUAUUUAGCCCAUGCUUCAGAUGUUCUGGAGAAUGCUUUUGCCCCCCUUUUGGAUGAGCAGUAUGAUUUAGCCACAAAGAGAGUGCGGCAGCUUCUGGAUUUAGACCCUGAGGUUGAAUGUAUGAAAGCCAACACAAAUGAGGUUCUUUGGGCCGUUGUUGCAGCUUUCACAAAAUAAAUGCAUUCAGACUGAAGUGUUCUCUCUUCUUUAAUGUAAAUCAGUAGUUUCUCCUCUAUUGACUAUUCAUGUUUUCUGCAAUUUGUACCUUCUCACAUGACAAAUCAGCUCUUGUUUAAUGGGAAUUAUAAGUGGUGUCUUCCCUCCUUCUAUGUGUAUCUGUAUACAGGAUUCUUCUGGUACAAGAGACCUUCUUGUUUAAAAACAACAGAAAAAGGUUUUACUGCCAUAUUUACAUUCUAUUUCCUAUUCAGUUUGAGUUAUCUGAAAUGUUUUGUUUAAUCUGUUUUUUACAGUUAUUGAAGUGGUUUAACAUAGAAAGUACUUUGAGGAAAUGUGCUUGCAGUUGGAUCACUAAUCUCAGUUGACACAGAUGUGUGCAUGCAUCAAUACUUCUGCAGUACAAUUCAUAACAGAUAAAAAAGGGCCUUUUAAAAUUACCAAAGCUCCACGUUGAAGUAUCCAUCAGGAUAUUUUAUACACAGAUGUUGUUUCAAUUAUAUCUAACAAAAUUACUUUAAAAGCAGAAAUGCCAUUAAGCAGCUUUGUCAAUAGUUCCUGUAAAAUGCCCCAUAAAUUUUACUUUUCAUUCAAGUCUCUUGUGUAUGUAUGUUUUCAUUAGAACGAUAGCUGAGUCAUAAGGCUAGUAUAGAAAGGUCCAAUUGUUUAAUAAACCAGUUUUGGGAUGGGAUACAUUCCAUUAUAUUGUAUAUAUACUUCAAAUUGUAUAUUAACAACUGCUCCACCUUAGUAUUUUACAAGAUCUACUUAGUUGUACACCUGAUACCCCUUAUUUGCUAUCAGCUAUUGCCAUUUGAUGGAAAGGCCUCCUAUAAAGAGCCAUGUAUGUGAAAGCUGUUUGUUUCCAUUGUCUACAGUUUGCCAUCCACGUAUUCUCAGUCUAUGCAUUGCCUUUGAUAAUUAGUAUAUAGAAAGAGACCACUUUCUAUCAUAAUUUGUACAUUUUCUCCUUUUUUUUUUCCCACCCCUCCUGUAUGGAAGAGGCUUGUGACCAGUACAGUUCUUGAGUGCAAUUUUACAUUUUGUUUGUACACAAAUUAAUGUUUGUCUCUUAAGCCUCGGAAUCUAUUUUACACUUUAAAAAUAAAAAGUCAGUCCUAGCAGGUGUUGCAUGUAAACUAUUAGCAAGUAAUGACUGCAGUUCAGAUUAUUAAAAUUUCUGUAAUGGGAUGUUCUGUUAUAUUUUAAUUGUUAUAUACAGUUAUGCUGAUUUUAAAAAAAAUAGAAAACUUUGACUUUUUAAAAUUUAUUUCCUCUUUGUCACUGCUUGUUAUUUCCCAUUGUUUUAUAGUGUAAAUAUGAUGUAUUGAACAAAUUAAGUAUUGAUUUAUAUAUUUUUUUCCUUAUAACAAUUAAGAUUUAUAGUGGGGCUUACAGGUGUUUAGGAACUUUUUUUGGUUAAUAUUCAGAGCAAGAAUACUAGAUGGUAUAUAACUGUAGAGUUGAAAUUUAAGGGAUCCCUUAAUCUGUAUACUAGCUUUUUAGCUACAGUAAAUAAACUAUAAUUAUAAAGUGCCUGAAACCGAGCAAGCAUGUAACUUGUUGGGGUUUUUUUGUUGCUAAUUAGAAAGGUUUUAUUGCUUAACUGAAAGCUUUAGUUAAUAUUCUUAUUAGAAAGGGAGAGUAGAUCAAACUGACCUAAUCAGCAGUGCCACUCAGAUCUGCAGGAUUCAUGGCUGAGACAGACUGCAUUAGAUUAUGAGUAUGCAGCUGUACCUGCCUUGGGUAGACCUCUUCUAUCUUGAGCACAACUCUACAGCCUCAUCUGUGACUGGACUUCCAAUUUUGCACUUAAUUUUAAAUAAUUUAGAUGCUUAUGUUAAAAUACGACUUAAAUUCAUCAUACCUAUAUGACCUUUUUUAAAUAAAGGUUUUUAAAAUAUGGUCCUUAACAUUUAGUGGCACACUGUUCUUUCAAUUCUUAAAUUAUGUUUCUUUAGAAAAAAUAAAUUCAAUGUAUAUUGUAAAGUAUUUCAAAAUUUGGUUUACAAAUAAAAGUAUAAACAGUGUUC